GUACAGAAUGGAAACCCCACAAAGCCGUUGGGCCCAUGAUGAGAGUAUUUUAUGUUGAAGAAAAGGGACAGGGCAUGAAUAAAAUCUUGGUUACAUAAGUGGGCUGAUAGUGGCCAGUCUGUACCUUGGGAAUGGAAAUAGUAAGACAAGAAGCCUGGGCAGGAAAAAAACACAAGGAAGAUCCGUUAGAGAGCUCAUUUUUGGUACUUAGCACAGUUAACCUUCAACGGCACUCUUCCCUUCUGUGCAAGUGUGUUGUGUACUGCCCGUGAUUCUUCAUUUCAACAGUCGGUAAAACUCUGUCCUCGGGAUACCAUUUGCUUGGGCCCUGGUCAAGCAACAAAAGUUUUGGUGGAUGUGAAAUCCGUUGGAGCAUCAGCACAAUCAUUGUAAUGCCACCCAUCACCUUUUUAACCUCCUAACGUCUAACUUGGCAGACACACACAGUCCAUAUAACAUAUGUGCUGUUAGUUCAAUGUUGCUCAGUGGUAGUGAAUCGGUUGUGCAGAAGUGAGAGGUUGUGGAUUAGCAGUAGCACAGUAUGGAGGAUGCAGAGGCUUCUUCCUCUAAGAAAUGUUACUGUUAUUGGGCUAGUUUGGUGAUUAUAUGGGUUUUUUGUUGUUGCUGCUGCUUCACUGAUGCAGCUCUGCCCGGAGGAGAGAUUGUGUACAUAGUUAUGCUGAGAGACUCUUCUCUUGUGCACCUGAAGAAUGCGAGCCUCAUCACUAGCCUUGACAGGCACAAUCUCAAGACUGGAAAUUUGCACAAGCUGCAUAAAUCAAGGCAUCAAAGGACAGGAAUGAACGACUACACAUCCUAUCUCGUUAGACUACAGGACUCUCUUUUGAAGCGCACAUUUCAGAGAGGAACUUACAAGAAACUCUACAGCUAUCAUUACCUGAUCAAUGGGUUUUCCGUUCUCAUCACUCCCCAACAGGCAGAAACACUUGCAACAAGACCAGAGGUGUCUCGAGUGAUAAGGGAUUUCCCCGUCCACCUAUCUACAACACAUACCCCUGAUUUUCUAGGCCUGCCAAAAGGAGCAUGGGUUCAAUAUGGUGGACCAGAAGGCGCAGGAGAAGGAAUUGUGAUUGGAUUUAUUGAUACAGGCAUAGACCCCAAACACCCAAGCUUCUCAGACACAGGAACAAAAGUAUACCCAAUUCCUGCCCAUUUUACGGGGGCUUGUGAGGUCACCAGAGAUUUCCCUUCAGGAUCAUGUAACCGGAAGCUUAUAGGAGCUCGCCAUUUUGCGGCCGCUGCAAUUGCAAGGGGUGUUUUCAAUGCCUCUGAAGACUAUGCCUCUCCUUACGAUGGAAUUGGUCACGGAACGCACAUUGCAUCCAUAGCAGCUGGCAACUAUGGCAUCUCUGUUAUUGUUAGUGGCCACCAUUUCGGAAAUGCAAGUGGCAUGGCUCCUCGUGCACACAUUGCAAUUUACAAGGCCUUGUAUUCAGGCUUUGGAGGAUUUGCAGCAGAUGUUGUAGCUGCAAUAGAUCAGGCAGCUCAAGAUGGGGUCGAUAUCCUGUCACUCUCAAUUACACCUGGCAGGCCACCUCCUGGGAUUGCAACCUUCUUCAACCCAAUAGACAUGGCAUUGUUAUCUGCUGUGAAAGCUGGAAUAUUUGUUGUUCAAGCUGCAGGAAACACUGGGCCAACUCCAAAGAGCAUUUUAUCUUUCAGUCCAUGGAUAUUCACAGUGGGAGCUGCUACCCAUGAUCGUAGUUAUAACAAUUCAAUAGUUCUUGGCAACAAUCUAACAAUAUCAGGAGUUGGGCUUGCACCUGGGACAGACGAUGAUGAUAUGUUCAAUCUAGUUGCCGCUGUCCAUGCCCAAAAGAAUGGAACUGAUGAUAUGUAUGCUAAUGAAUGCCAAGAUCCCAAUAUCUUGGAAGAGGAAAUUGUUGAAGGAAACCUCCUGAUCUGUAGCUACACAAUACGUUUUGUGCUUGGCCUAUCUUCUGUGAGACGAGCAGUUAUGACUGCAAAAAAUUUGAGUGCUGCAGGAAUUGUCUUCUACACAGAUCCUUUUGUGGUUGGAUUUCAGAUGAAUCCAGUUCCUAUGAUGAUACCUGGUGUGAUAAUUCAAUCUGCUGAUAAUUCCAAGAUUUUUCUGAAAUACUACAAUGAUUCCAUAGUCAGAAAUGAAUCAGACAGGGUACUGAAGUUUGGAGGAGUUGCAAGAAUCCUUGGAGGAAUGAAAGCUAAUUACAGUAAAACUGGCCCUAAGUUAGUGUAUUAUUCUUCAAGAGGCCCCAAUCUCAACAACAAUUUAAUGGAUGCAGCAGACGUGUUGAAACCAAAUAUCAUAGCUCCUGGGCAUCUCAUAUGGGGUGCCUGGAGCUCUGUUGGCACUGAUUCAGCCGAAUUUGAAGGUGAAAAUUUUGCAAUGUUAUCUGGGACAAGCAUGGCAGCACCACAUAUAGCAGGAGUGGCAGCUCUUGUGAAACAGAAAUAUUCCAAUUUCAACCCAGCAGCCAUUGGUUCAGCAUUAUCCACCACUGCAUCAGUCUAUGACAAGCAAGGAUCACCAAUUAUGGCACAGCAUUCCUUCAGCAAUCCUGAUGCUGAUCUGACUCCAGCCACCCCUUUUGACAUGGGAAGUGGGUCUGUCAAUCCAACUGCUGCUUUAGAUCCAGGACUAAUAUUCAAUGCAGGUUUCGAUGAUUAUGUCGCAUUCUUAUGUAGCAUAAAUGGAUCAGCACCAUUGGUUCUCAAUUACACUGGUUGUGUGUGUAAAUCAGACACUGGAAUGGGUUCUGAUCUCAACAUUCCUUCAAUCACAGUGGGUACUUUGAUUAAUUCUCGUACCAUUCAGAGGAGUCUUACAAAUAUUGCAGCUAGUGAAAACUACAAAGUUCUCUGGAGUCCACCAUGGGGUGUGUCUGUUACUAUUACGCCAUUUUCAUUCAGAGCUGACAAGGGGGAGACCAAGAAGCUUACAAUAGUUCUUAAUGCCACAACUAAUAGUACUAACCCAAGCUUUGGAAGAAUUCUUUUAGUUGGGAAUAACGGACACAACUUAGUCAUUCCCCUCUCAGUCAUUACAAAGAUCACACAAAACAGCUAUACCUGAUUGCAUUUAUUGGUUUGAUUGAUUUGUUCAUUCUAAUUUAGUCCUUUCCAUUUUGAGGGUGUACGAUUUGUCAUCCAUUUGUUCAUAUUAUAUUAACUAUUACAGGUUUUUGAUGUAUAAGCAAUUUAUAUUGCAAGGGCAUCUGUUUUGCAAUGUACCAAUCAAAAUUUAUUUCAAUAAAAAAAACUAUCUUCCAUCCAAA